AAGGGAUGAAGUACUGUUGUGUAACAUUUUUAUUCGUGUUUAUUGCGUGUAAUGUCCUCCACAGACGUGCAUCGCUGAACAACAUUAACACCAACAAAUCUCCAUUUCACAGAAACUCAGCAAACAUACCAGAGAUCAGCGAAACAAUGGGAAUUUUGUCUUCGAACGUGAUACAGAUGCUUCUUGUUUUACUUCUGUCUCUCUUGCUUCAUCUUAACCCUUCACUGGCUUAUUCACUGAAAAACUGUUGCAUCGAAUAUUCUGAGAAUCCCCUGGCUGAUGUUUCCGUGGACUGCUCAAACCGUAAACUUGGUGUCGUCCCUGAUGACAUCCCCAGAGAUGCGAGCUCAGUAAGACUCUACUUCAAUCAGCUUCAGUGGAUUAACAGGGACGAUUUUGGCUGCUUGUCCGAGCUGAGAUUUCUGGACCUGAGCGGUAAUCAGAUUGCUCACGUGGACGAUGGAUCUUUCAUCCAUUUGAGAGUGUUGACGACGCUCAAAAUGAACCAGAACAAACUCACAAAGCUGACGGGCAACCUCUUUCAAGGACUGUCCAACCUUACCGUGCUGGGCCUCGAAAAUAACAACAUUCACUUCAUUCAUUCCUUGGCCUUUCGGUUCCUGUCCAGCUUACAAACAGUGAUGCUAGGCGCCAACCAGCUACAACAAAUGUCUGACAUCCAGCCCAUUCUGCAGCUACCACACCUACAGAACCUGAGCCUUAGAGAAAAUCAAUUUACCUUCUUUCAGAGCAAAGAUUUGCUGCUGAACGAGCCCUCAGGCCUCAAGGUGUUAGACGUUUCUGAGAAUAAGUUUGAAAACUUUAGCAUCACAACAUCAGUUUUUCCUCGUCUUGAGAAGCUCGACCUUUCAGAGUGUGGCCAAGAUCCUGGCCUGAAAUGGGACGUACCUGACAAGCGUUUACUGUGUAACAUAACUCACCUGUAUUUUUGUGCCACUCUGAUUCCUUUUCAAGAACUUCAAAAAGUCCUGCAGAGUCUCGAUUCACUGAUGCAUCUGAGACUGAAUUAUAUGGAGAAAUGGAUCAAAAAAGGUCUGUUGGCUACAGUCUGCGAAAUACCGACACUGAGGAAGCUGGAUCUGUUUUACAACCACGUUGCCAAUUUAAGUUCAAAACUUGUGACUUGCUCUCAGCUCACUCACCUUGACGUGUCUCAUACUUACAUGAGUGAACUGCCUAAAGGCUCGAUAGGACGGAUGCACCAGCUGAGGUCCCUGAAUGUGGGGACCAACUUUUUCACCAAAGUGCCAGAUGACAUCAAAAACUUGUCCUUCCUCGAGUUCCUGAGUCUGGAAAACAAUCUCAUCUCCAAAUUGGGCUGUGAAGAUUUCAGGAACACAACACACCUCAAGGAACUUUAUAUGGGAAACAACCACAUUUCCAACCUGGACAGCUGUGCAUUUGAAAAUCUUAAUGAUCUGAAGGUUUUAGAUAUGAGUGGCAACCUGUUGUGGACAUUUGGAGGCGCCUUCAAAAUAUGCCUGCAGAAGCUCGAGUUCUUGGAUUUGAGCAAAAACUUUGUAUCGCUUCUUGAUAAGGGAGAUUUUCAGGGUUUACGGUCCCUAAAAUAUUUAGAUGUGGCAUCAAAUAACAUCAGAAGGGUAACACAUCAGGCCUUUGACGGACUGGACAACCUAGGACGUCUUAAAGUAUCACUUCCACUCGAGUUUGAAAAUAAGUUCAGAGAAUUACAGCAACUGGAAAAUCUUACAGUCUACUUCAAUAUUGACAGCAGUUUCAAAAGUCCUCAUCCAUAUCACAACGAAGCUUUCUAUCAUUUAAAGUCUUUGAAAGUUUUCACAUUAAUAUGUGAGGUCGAUCACUUCGGCUUCCCCUUAGAUGUGCCCAUGCAAAUGUUUCAGGCCAUGAAACAUUUAGAGGCCUUCACAGCUGAGAAUGUCUAUAUUGCUGCACCAGAUCCGAGCACAUUUCAGUCUAACACUCAGCUCAAGAAUCUGACAAUCAGGUACACGGAUUUGUCAGGUUUGGACCCUGAGUUGUUUCUGCCAAUCCCACACCUGCAGGUUCUCGAUCUCUCCAACAGUAAACUCAAAUCUUUGGAUUUUCUGAUCCAGGCUGAUCUGUCUGCUCUCAGGUGGUUGGCACUGAGCAACAAUGAGUUGACAGUGAUCAAUGAGACGGUCUUCCAGUCCCUCCCUGCGCUGACAUAUCUAGACCUGGAUAAUAACCCAUUCACUUGUGAUUGCGCUAAUGCUGGAUUUAUCCAGUGGGUGAAGAACAACAACCAAACCCAGAUUGUUAAUGCCUACCAGUACGUUUGCUCCUUUCUUGUGGCUGAGCAAGGAAGCAAGUUGCUGGACUUUGACAUCCAAUCUUGCUGGAUGGACAUUGGCUUCCUCUGCUUCAUUUCCAGCACUUGUCUGGUUGUUGUCACUCUGCUCUCAUCCUUCAUCUACCACUUUCUGAGAUGGCAGAUAACCUAUGCCUUCCACCUAUUCCUGGCUUUCCUCUAUGACAGCAAGAAGAGGAAGAAGGGAGCUGCUCAUUGCUAUGAUGCUUUCAUCUCCUACAACGUUCACGACGAGGACUGGGUUUACAAGGAGAUGCUUCCAGCGCUGGAAGGAGAGCAGGGCUGGAAACUCUGCCUGCACCACAGAGACUUCCAACCAGGUAAGCCCAUCAUAGACAACAUCACAGACGCCAUCUACGGCAGCAGGAAGACCAUCUGUGUGAUCAGCCAACGCUACCUGCAGAGCGAGUGGUGCUCCAGAGAGAUCCAGAUGGCCAGCUUCCGUCUGUUUGACGAGCAGAAGGACGUGUUGAUCCUGCUGUUCCUGGAGGACAUCCCAGCCCAGCAGCUGUCUCCAUUCUAUCGUAUAAGGAAGCUGGUGAAGAGACACACCUACCUGAGCUGGCCUCAGGCCGGCCAGCACACGGGAGUCUUCUGGCAGAAUGUAGGGAGAGCUCUGCAGACAGGAGACGCUCCCACCGAGACGGCAGACAUCCUGACUGGACCUGCAGGAUGCUGAGCGUGGUACUGGACCUGUGAGGCUCCGUACUGCUGAAUUUUUGGUUUCACUACUUUACUUGUGAUUGAUUGUAAAAUACAGAAAGAAAAUCUGUUCUGCUGGUUAUUUUCCUAACUCCAGUUCUGAUUGUUGAUUAGACAGAUGUGAAGCUGUCUGAUUUCUGAACCUACUUUCCACUGUGUAAUGUAUGAAUUUUAAAGUUCACCUCAGACGUGGGGA